AUGAUUAUAGUUGACUACAUACAAAAGGUAAUAAAGUAUGCAAGCUGGUUUGACAAUAUUAGGAAAGAAAGGCAAGAUGAAAAGGAAAAAGUGAAUUUGGUGAAUGGCCAGGAUGAAGUGGAAAUCACAUUUGAAGAUUUAGAUGAUUCAAAUGCCAUUGCCUUAACACUUGAUUCAAACGGCCAAUACCAGUUUCACGGUGAUUCAGUAACAUACAGGGUGGUGCAAGUGGCAUCCUCUGAUGAAGUACAACAACUUAUGUCCAACCUGUCCUCCAACCAGACAAUACUGGAAGGUUUGCAGGCGGGCAGAGCUGAUGAGGUUUCCUCAUCAAGCGACACUCAACCUACAAGGUUCACCUACAUGCCGACAUCUAACGUACAGUCAACUAUAGAAACAACUUCAAAUGCCACAAACAGUUCAAAAGGUCCGAUAUAUUUAAUGGUUGCUCCUCAAUCAACAAAUCAACGAUCAAUAAUUCCUCGAAAUAUGGUGAAGUCAGAACCUGUUGCAAAGGCCUCCAGAGAUGAUAGGAGGAAAUUGACUCACAAGGAAGUUGAACGACGCAGAAGAGACAAAAUUAAUGGAUGGAUAAUUCAAUUAGCCAAACUCAUACCUGACUGUUCACCUGAUCAUCCAAAGCAACCUGACAGCAAAGGAGGUAUUUUGUCGAAAGCGUGUGAGUAUAUUGCAGAACUGCAGGCAGAAAAUCAAGAACUUGAAGAGAGUUUGAAAGAAUUUGAAGAAGUGAAAUCGCAGCUGGUACAAAUGAGCGACCAGCUUGAAGAACUGAAACAAGAAAAUCAAAUUUUACGAGCGCACCUUCAAGAAAACGGCGUUGAAGACUUGACAAACAAUGAAUGAGUAAUACAAUUAUUUAGUAGAUUCUUUAUUUUCAAUUUUGAUCUGUUGGGGACUGACUGCUUAUGGAUAACAAUUUACCAAUAAAACAAAAAUUGGCUAAAUAAUUUUAAUUAUUUUUAAUCAUGUAAUCAACAAGACACUGAUGUAAUGAAUAGACAUAUUAAGUUUCUAACAGUUGUCUUUUUGUUAGUCAUUUGAAAAGUGGUCCUCAUUAACAGGUAGUCACAAAGGAUUGUAAAUAUACCAGUUUUCAUGUAAAUAUAAACGUUUAUUAUCCA